AUGGAGGAGCUUGGUCGAGGGGCUUUUGGCAGGGUUCAUAAGGGUGUGGUGAAGGAAAUACCAAAACCAAAUGUAGAUUACAAGAACAGACAACAAACAUUGGACAAAAACGAAGGACGAAUUAUCGCUGUUAAAGUUCUUCUUGGUGAGUUAUUUAUAAUGAGCCAUGAGGCUUUACUUAAAAGACCUAAUACAGUGGCGGAUCCAGUGAAGGACCCGAGGGCCUGCCCCUCUUAUUUUUAGACCAAACCCCUAAUCUCAGGGUCAGGAUGACCGGCCCCAUCCUCCCCCCUCCCUGAAGGUCUGGGUCCGCCACCGUAAAAAAACAUGUUUUACGCGUACCUUGUUACGUAAAUGUUGAAAUUGUAGUAUAUACUUUGUUAACUCGAUUGUGUCAAUGGGGCUCACUGCGCUAUAUAAUGCUAACAAAAAUAGCUUAGCUUACAGAACUUUAUGGCAGAAAAGGCGGAAAUACGUUGACCCGGACGAUCAAACUCAACCUACUCUAGUAUAGUAUUCGUUAACGGUUUAUGAUUAGCAGGAGUAAUUUCCAUUUCCUAUCCAGAGUAGCUUAAUGUCAAAGUUUGUCAAAGGCCUUUUUAAAGACUUUUUCUCAGGCAAAAAAUGAUAUUCCCUUUACGUAAGAAAACCAAGGGAGCUCUACCUCUUCCUCUAAGAUGGGUGAUCUUUUCUACCUGAGUAUUCGUGUCUUUUUAGAAAAUGCUGGAGAGGAGGAAAAACGACAGUUUCUUCAGGAAAUUGACCUUAUGAAGGACGUUGCCUCGCAUCCAAACAUUCUAAGCAUAUUCGGCUUUUGGGUUCGGUCAGAGCCCAUCAUGUUGAUCAUGGAGUAUGUUCCUCACGGAGAUCUUCUGCAAUGGCUUAGAAACAAACGACAGCAGGUAAAGCUGGUUUAUAUUCAUCGAUUUUAGCCAUUUUCACUUUUUAGAAUAUCAACUUUUGGAAUCCAUUUUGCCGCCAUGUGCAGUCUCGGUUUCAUUCUUCGCGGGCUGACGGGUCAGCUUAUUUGCAUAAGUUUGCACGCCGAGAUAUAUAUCGAAACUGCAUUCGCACGAGAUCCCCACACAUCGAUUUUGAUUUGUAAACUGCGGAAACAUACCUUGCAUUAGCAGAUAUGUAUUGUAGUAUAGUGUAGUUAACCGUGUGGAGAAGAUAACCCUUUGAAUCUUGCAAAUUGCUUUGCUAAUUCCCACUAGAAUAUUUGUAAGGCUAACUCCGUAUGAACUAUACUUGCAGUUUACAAAGAAGAAAAAUGAUCAUACUGAUGUCCUUGAAAUACUUGAGCCGCCUGCUCCUGUGAGACCAAGAUUGAACCCUGCAAAGGAAGAAGGGCCGGAGGAAGACAUGGAUGGGUGGAAAAUAAAAGAAGGAGAGGAGGAAAAUGAAAAACCAGUGGCAAAUGACUCCAAGCAAAUGCUAGAACGACCAAACCCUCAGAAAUCACAGAAAACAACAUUUGAUGACAAUGUUGAAAGCCAAAUUGAAAUACCACCUCAGUUUUCGAUUUUGGAAGAAGAUUCAACAUCACUGGGUCAGAGCUUGAGAAAUCAACUAGAAGUUGCUACGAACAUUGCUAUGGCAGGGGGCGAAAGACCCACUUAUCAGCUCACAACCUUUGAGGAACCGAAGAAAAGCGAUGAAAUUAGCUUUAUCAUAGAGAAAGAGGAUAGAAACAAAGAUGCUAAUGGAAAGCAUGAAGAAAUAGAAAGUUUGGAAAAUGCCAAAAACGUGUCACAAGGGGAUCCUGUGAACUUAUUAUCUUCAGAAACCAAACCUGGUAAAAGAGAACACGAAAAGAGGAUACCGUCAGUACCACAGACCUUUGAAGACGACCAGCUUCCUCAAUCCUUUAAGAGCACAGAAGUGAGGAUCUGUGUAGAGCAGGACGAAGACACUUGUGACAACGACCAUAAAGAUUAUUUUAUUUCUGCAGAUGAUAUUAUGUGUUUUGCGUGGCAGAUUGCUAAGGGAAUGGUGAGUUGAAUCUUUUCUAUAACAAAAUAUCAUUCAAGCAAACCCAAAUAACGAGGUCUAAAAUAAUUCGUUGCCAAAAGAUGGAUUAAAAACUGCUCAUGCAAAAAUGGCUGAACCUCGUUUCUUUUUGUCAUAUUUAGUAACCAUGGUUACUUCCUAGCCAAAAUCUGUCUAAGAAGUCAAUGACCAGCUUCAGUAGAAAAAAAGGUUCACGGAAGGGGCUACCAAGUAGAUAGAGAACAGUAAAUUUUAUCGUAAUUCUGUUAGGAAUACUUGGCCAGUAAAGGAUUUGUUCAUCGCGAUCUGGCAGCCCGUAACAUCCUUCUUGGUGAAAACAGAGCGGUGAAGAUUUCUGAUUUUGGAUUGCUACGCCGCACGGGUGAAAGUGAGAUAUAUGAGGUGGCAACCGUUAAGAAACUGCCCAUAAAAUGGACGGCACCUGAAGCAUUGCAAACUGGAACUUUUACUUCCAAGAGCGACGUGUAAGUUUCAUGAUAACUGUGCGAUAUUUCUUAGGCCUAGAUUUACCUCCUACGCAAGGUGGCGUUAAGCACAAGCACCAUAAACGUUUAAGCGUCAUCGCAGAAACCUACUAUACUGAGGCAACUUCCUUUAAUUCCUCUAAGUCCUUAAAGGGGCUCUGUAACACAAGUUGCCAGCCUCUUCAGCUAAAACCUGUCUUCGCAUCGAUUGAAUUCAGUUUUGUCAUUUAAGACUAUAUUUAGGGACUGAAACUGUUUCCUGUCGUCUGUUGCUAAGGAUAGUAAGGAUGGACACGGAUAUUGCCCAACUUUUUCAAUUUCUAAUGCUAUGCAUACAAUAAUCACCAAAACAUUGUUAUGAUUAUUGUUCCGUGAUAAAAUUUAUUUAAGAUCUUCUUCAUAACUCUACAGGAGCAUUUUGUGUAUGAUUGGGCAAAGGCAGUAAGUAAAGACUUCAGCACAGAAUUGACCUAAAACGGUAAUACCCUCGUGACAAAGCCCCUUUAACCAAAGACACUUUUCAGCAAGACCAGGUCACUCUUAGGAAAUUUUUGUUGCACAUUCCAGGAGCUUUUUAAAAGACUCCGAGUCACUGUCUCGCAAAACAACUGGUGAUUAAUAAAAUCACACCCAGUGGUCAGCAUGUUACUUUGUCGAGAACCGUCAUUUUUGUUGCUGCAGAUACCCUUCUGAAAUCUUAGCAUGGGCGAAAACUGUUGACCUUUCUGCAUAUAGAAAAAAAUUCUAAAAUUAUUGACGUUAGGAUUCGAAACAAUAGAGAGGAAUAAAAUGAAUCUGAAAUUAAAUGAGUUUCUCUCUUCCUCCCAUCCGAACAUUUUGCAUUAUAAGCUCAGUGUUUUACCAUUUCAACGAUUAUUUGUUUUGAUCAUUCCUUGUUCCUUAGAUGGUCCUUCGGAGUUCUUUUGUGGGAAAUGGCUACCAUGGGUAAGAUAUAUUAAAUGGUUUUACUGAUAUUGGAAUCAGAAUGAUUUCUCCUUUUAAUUGGUUUUUAUUAUUAUUAUUAUUAUUGAAGAAAUUUCAAAAAUCGCAUCACGCCACACAAUAACUGACAGUUCUUGACGCAUUUCAAGUUGGCUUAAAAUUUCUUUGACCCUUCCUCUUUGAUCAUUAAAUUUGACAUUUUAGGGGGAACGCCUUAUCCCGGAAUUAGCCAUGCCCAGCUGCACAAUGCCCUUAAGACGGGAUAUCGCAUGGAACAACCAAACACUUGCAGUGAUGAAAUGUAAGCAAGCUUAUUGCAGUUAAUAUUUGUACUAAACAAAAAACACAACAUGACGAUAUAUACAUAAUAAACCUUCAAACGUUCAUAAAGCCACUUUCCCGACCACUUCUUUUUAGUUCAUCAGGGAAAAGUCAGAUGAAGUGUAUAAUACUAUUCGACUACCUUCAUCUUCAUGGGUAGCCUGUGAAACUGAUGGGGCCCUGGCAAGUAAACCUGAGACUUUGCGACUCGGCUGCGAUUAGCUCUCGGUCAGACGAUCGGAGGUAAAAUCAUCCUGCAAUUUUAUUAAUGUUCCUAUGGCGUCGUGAACGUCAAUAGUUACUCGCAAAUGCUCCUCUUUAAAAAGGAUAAUUUCAUCCCUCCUUACUACUCUGGCUUCGCUUAAGUAAAAACCAAAUCUUAAGUAACCCUAUCGCCAAAACAUGACAUAAUAAAUAGCUAAGAAGGUGAUAUACGAUCGUUUGUGUGAGUAAACUCCUCACUAAGAUUGUUGUUGACAGUGACUGACGUGCGGAAGUCGUCAUUAAAGUCAAAGUCGGUGGUGCAUCGCCAGUUGAUGAUAUUUAAGUUUCGUUAUCGUCACGAUUGAUUAACUCAAACAUGGCAUAAAACAGAGUAUUUGAUCUCAACAGAUACAAAUUAAUGCUGGACUGCUGGAAUGAUGACCCGAAUGAACGACCCUCAUUCUCCGAAAUGAUACCAACCCUGGAACAGAUGAUGACAGCUGAUACUCCUUACUAUGACUUUACACUGUUAGAUGAAAGUCAGGAAUGUUACAAUGAUCAAUGCCCCAGCACCAGCAAAACUGAUGGAUACGACACUCGAUUGUGA